AUGGGGAACACGGUGAGCGCCGCUGGGUGCGGUGGUGCCGCCGCCGGCGACGCCCGCGGCCUCCUCAUGCUGCUCUGGCUGGUGCACCGCUACUGGCUGGCGCGUCGCCACACACAGCAGGAGGCGCGCGAGGAGGCGGCGGCGGGCGAGUGGCGGCGGCGCGCCGAGACCUGGGAGCGGACGCGCCCAUCGCGCUCUGCCACCACCGCGCCUGGCGGCGACGGCGACGGCGGCAGCGCCGGGCCGCCGCCGGCGGCGGCGGCGGCGGCCGGCCUGACCGCCAUCGCCCUGGAGCCCGGAACCGCCGCCGCGGACGACGACGCCGUGGACUGCGGCUGCUGCCCCAGGGAGGUGGGCAGCGGCCAGGGAUAUGAAUCAGGAAGCUCCACUUCCCCUCCUCCUCCCCCUCCCCCAGGCAUGGAACGCGCGCGCGCGCUGCGCCUCGGAUCCGUUAGCGCCUCCGCCGCCGCGCCGCGCCGCGCCGCGCCGCGCCGCGCCGUCGAAAACGGGCAGCCGGCUGCGUUAAGAAUCCCGGCGGCUGUGGGAGGCCUCGCGCCGGAGGCUUCGUGGGCGGAAUUUGUGAAAGGAUUUGGAUGA